GACCGGUCGACGGACGGGCCGAUGGACGGGCAGAAGGAUGGACCGGUGGAUGGACCGAUGGAUGGACCGAUGGAUGGACGUUGGGACAGAGCCGGUCAGGAGGAGGAGGAGGGAGAGGAGGGGGCACCGGAGGGACCUUUCUGGGGGCCCCAGCGCCAGGCCAAGGAGCUGCAGGAAUAUCGGGACAGAGGUAAGGAGAUGGUGGACUACAUUUUCCGCUACCUGAGCACGGUGCGGGAGCGGAGGGUUUAUCCCAACGUGAAGCCCGGCUACAUGCGGGGGCAGCUGCCCGAGCGGGCCCCGGACGAGCCGGACGCCUGGGACAACGUCUUCGCCGACAUCGAGAGGAUCGUCAUGCCCGGGGUGGUCCACUGGCAGAGCCCACACAUGCACGCCUACUUCCCCGCCCUCAACUCCUGGCCCUCCCUGCUCGGUGACAUGCUGUCCGACGCCAUCAACUGCCUCGGCUUCACCUGGGCGUCCAGCCCAGCCAACACAGAGCUGGAGUUGGUCGUCAUCGACUGGCUGGCCAAGAUGGUGGGCCUCCCGGACCAUUUCCUGCACUCCCACCCUGGCGGCCGCGGAGGGGGCGUCAUUCAGAACAGCGUCAGCGAAUCGACGCUGAUCGCCCUGCUGGCCGCCAGGAAGCACAAGAUCCUGGAGAUGAAGAAGAGCGAGCCACACGUCGAGGAGUCCACGCUCAACUCCCGCCUCGUGGCCUACACCUCCAAUCAGGCUCAUUCCUCAGUGGUGAAGGCCGGCCUGAUCGCGCUGGUGCACAUGAAACUUCUGGAAGUGGACGAUGAUCUCUCCCUCCGAGGGGAGACCCUUCAGCGGGAGAUUGAGAAGGACAGAGAAAAAGGGCUGGUGCCUGUCUGGGUCUGUGCCACGCUGGGAACCACCGGGGUCGCUGCAUUCGACAACCUGGCAGAGCUGGGCCCGAUCUGUGCCCGGGAAGGCAUCUGGCUGCACAUCGAUGCCGCCUACGCCGGGACGGCCUUCCUGUGCCCGGAGCACCGGAACUUCCUGAGGGGCAUCGAGUUCGCCGACUCCUUCACCUUUAAUCCUUCCAAGUGGAUGAUGGUCCACUUUGACUGCACUGGCUUCUGGGUUAAGGACAAGAAGAAGCUGCAUCAGGCCUUUGGCAUAACCCCCGACUACCUCAAGUACCCAAACUCCGAAAACACCACCGAUUUCAUGCACUGGCAGAUCCCUCUGAGUCGCAGAUUCCGGGCCAUAAAGCUCUGGUUUGUCAUCCGGAACUACGGGGUGAAGAAUCUCCAGGCCCACGUCCGACACGCGGUGGAUCUGGCCAAAUAUUUUGAGUCGUUGGUGAGGAGCGAUCCCCUCUUCGAGAUCCCCUACCAGAGGUACCUGGGCCUGGUGGUGUUCCGCUUAAAGGGCGACAACAACCGGACGCAGAAGGUCAUCGAGGAACUGAAUCGGUCCGGCCGGCUCUUCGUCAUCUUCCUGGAGGUCCGGGAGCAGCUGAUCAUCCGCUUCGUGGUCACCUCCCAGUACACCACACGUCAGGACGUCCUCCACGACUGGCUGGUCAUCCGGGAGGCGGCCACCCGGGUCCUGAGCCGGCCCAGCUGGGCCCGGCCCGCCGCGGAUGACCGGAGGCAUCCCUCCCUCGCCAGCGACCCUUACUGCGUGGCCCAGAGCGCCCACCCUCCGAGCCCCGGGGCGUCGGGGGAUGAUGAUCCCGAGGCCUUCCCAGAGGUCGCCGAGCAGCCCGGGCCGGGCCGGGUCGACCCCGGCUCCCUGGACCCCCCAGAGGAGGACUGCCCGGAAGAGGCCUCCAGGCAGAAGCUGCCCUCCUUCCUGUUCAGCUACCUGUCCGGGCAGAAGAAGAAGACGGUGCGUUCGCUGAGUUGCAGCAGCGAGCCCCUGUGCGGUGCCCGGGAGCGGCCGGUGCCCGUCGGGGGGCACGAAGCGUCGCCGCCGGAGACGGUCUCCGCCAGGCCGCCCAGGGAGAUGCCCGCGGCCGGGAAGAGGACCUUCAAGAAGCUCAUCAAGUUCCACAGCGUCCCAAGCUUUCCGGACUGCGGGGUCCAGUGUCAGCUGGAGCUGCCAUGCUGCUCCUUACAGACCAUCUUGUAGGGGCCCACGGGGGGCCACCUUUUUUUGUGUUUGUGGUUCUUGUUAAGCACUUCCUGUGAGCCAGACACUGUCCUAAGAGCUGCGGGAGAUGCUCGA